AUGUCCUCUCCCAAGCGCUUCUCGGUCGAUUCAAUUGCCCGGGUCUUGGAUGUGGUGCCGUUUUCGGCACCCUUCCUGCUAGUUCUCCCUUUGGCUGCGCUUGUGCUGGACCGCCGCGGGCACUCGGUCGGCCAGGUGCUGUCAAACCUGCCGGGGCCGCGCGGCUGGUACGAGCUGCUGGCGAAGCGCCACCCUUGGAUCUACCGUGUCAUUUUGUGCAUAGUGAUCAAGAUCGCGAGCAAGCGCCUCUCGCGCUCGGCGGCGAACCUCGGCGUGCCGCACCGCGAUCCGCCGCAGUGGAGCAAGGACGUCCUGGUGGUCACGGGUGGGUCGACGGGCAUCGGCAAGUGCUUUGUCGAGCUCGUGUCGCAACGCUACAGGGCGCGCAUCGCAGUUCUGGACAUUGCAAAUCCCGAGUAUGCGCCUGCAUCGAACGGCGCGCCUGAGAUUCUGUAUGUCCGCACGGACGUGACCAAACCCGAGUCGGUGGCUGCCGCGCACGCCAAGAUCCGGGAGACGUUUGGCGAGUCGCCGUCGUAUGUGGUCAGCUGCGCAGGCAUUGCUAUCGGUGGUAGCCUGCUGCAGGUGUCGCAGGCGUCCUUCGCGCGCACGUUCGACAUCAAUGCGCUGGCAAACGUGACGCUCGCGAAGGAGUUUUUGCCUCACAUGAUUCAGCACAACCAUGGCCACUACAUGACAGUGGCGAGCUCGGCGUCGCACUGCUCGCUGCCCAUGCUGGGCGCCUACUCGAUGAGCAAGGCGGCCGCCCUGGCGUUUCACGAGACGCUGCGUGCCGAACUACGCGCCAUCUACAAGGCGCCGCGUGUGCGUACAUCGGUCGUCACGCCUACGAAGGUGCGCACGAUGCUGGGCUACUCGCUCAAGGACUCGGACAAUGAGUUCUUGAUGCCCGUCCUCGAGCCCAUCGAGGUCGCCGAGGCGAUGGCCAGCACAAUCCAGGGCGGUCUGGGCGCGUCCAUCUCGCAGCCGCUCUUGACGAAUCUACUUCCGUACUUGCGUGCAUUCCCCGAGUGGUUCCGCGGCUUGGUGACCACGCAGGUCGGCAACACGGACAGCGCUGUCACGGCCGAGUCGAUUCAAAGCGGGAUCAAGGCUGGCUACGGAAAGAACUGGCACCCGGAAGACUUUGCUGCGUCACUCAGUGAGAUGCAUGCCGCCGUAAGUUCCACGUCGCUCACAGUAGUUUGGCAGUAA